AUGUCUGCCGCGCUCAAAGCUGCCAUUGCAGCUCAACGCGCGGCACUAGCAAAGGUCAAGCUUUCAGACGACGCUGCUGCUGCUGGUGCUGGUGCUGGUGCUGGUGCUGCUUCUUCUUCUUCUUCUUCUUCUUCUUACGCAGCUCAAGAGGAAGACGAGGAUGCACUGACCAAUACUCAAAGAGGUAGGAGCGAGAGGAGGAGAGAGCAGGAGGAGACGCAGCUUGCGCAGGCAUCUACGGAAUCGCUGCUACUCAAAUCCACCCAGACAGGUCGCCUGAUCCUCGCUUCGCGCGCACCGCCUCUCACCGAGUUGCCGCCAUGUGCCAUUCAGCUUUUGGACGACGAUGCACCGCAGUGGUAUAGGCAACACGCGAACACUGCAGCAAGCAGGAGGCCAUGGUACGAGCGAGCCGAUCUGGUCCAGCUGAGCUUGUCCAACAAUGUCAUCAAAUCUAUUCCAAAUGCCAUCCAAGGCUUCGCUGCACUGACCAGGCUAGACGUGAGUGGAUAAGCGGCUCGAUGGGUGAUCCAUGGCCUGCGCUAAUCACGCUUUCGCCUUUCUGCAGCUGCACAACAAUGCACUCAAAAGUGUGCCCGACGCUCUGGCUGGCCUUUGUCAGCUCACUCACCUCAACCUGCGCGGCAACAACCUGUCCAUCUUUCCCAUAUCCCUCUUGAUGCACCCCACUCUGCUAGAGUUGGACCUUUCCAGCAAUCGCAUCACCACUUUGUGGCACCAGCGAGAUCUGCAUGCAAGUGCCAAGGAGUAUGAAGAGAACAUCGCAGUCAGCGCCGAGGCUAUGGAAAGUGGCGGAAUCUGGGCUGGUCUGGGCCACUCGUCCCGCCCCAGCAAAAAAUACAAGCCGGACCCGCGGCGGCCGCUUCCUGCCUGUCGCUUCCUCAGCCUCGGCAACAAUCGCCUCACCAAUGCGUCCCUCAGAUGGUCAUUGGUCUCGCCAGAAGGAGCGGAAGCGGAAGGGGGAACGGAGCGGCAGCAGGCCAUCACCUGGCCUCCCAAUCUAACCACGCUGGACGUGUCUGACAACUUUGUCAGAGGUCCGGUACCUCUGGCCGCGCUCGGUACCUUGUCGUCUCUGCAGCACCUCGAUUUGGGCGGCAAUGGCCUAGCAUCAAACAUUUUCGAGGCAAAUGCGCCAGAGAUAGGGGGUUCGCUGUCUACUGCGGAGCCAGCCAAGUUCUUCCCAAGCUUGUCGCUUCUAUCCCUGUACAGAUGCGAGAUUGAUGAUCUGGAGCCUCUGGAAGAAGUUUGGGGCUCACCUCGCACUAUAGCCGAGGGCGAGAAGGCCUUCCCCGCUGGAGUCGGCACUCCGCAACCACGCGUCGGCAUACAGGCUCGACAGCUGGUUAGCGUCCGAUCUCGCAUUCCCGAGCGGAUACCCAAGGGUCAGCUGGCCAUCGUCUUAGAGGGCAAUCCGCUGAGGGAAGAGGCGUACAGACGGAAGAAGGCGCCUGUAUCUGGCCUACGACCAAUGGAUGCUAGACAGGGGGCAAGCGGACUUCGUUCCGUCUCGAGCGAGGUGAUGCGUUCAGCGGAGGGAGGUGCUCCGGCUCCGGCCAAAAGGCAAGAUGAGACCGAAGAGGGCGAUCGUACAGACUAUCUUGCAGAUGACAGAUUCACGAAGGUGGCCGCGGCCACCUUUGCUCCUUCAGUGGGCGAGCCAGUGCAGACUGGAUCGCGCAAUUCAGACAUGCAGUUGCCUUCCGGCGGCGGCACUCGCCGGCGAGAAGUCGACCUCGACGAGUGGGGACCGCUUGGUGGGAGCACCUCCUCGUCCGCACGCGCCAAGGUCAGGGCAAAAGUCGCAGACGCAAAGGAUACGGAGGGGCAUCCCAUCGUAGCUCGACAAACGGAGAGGGCGCCAGGGAAUCAGUCCGAGUGGGGGCCAUUGGGUGGAGCUGGUGCUACUGCAAGGUGUCAAGAUGCCGCAUCGACGGCUCACCAGCGCACAGAAGAUGGACAAGCUGCUUACAAACCUCUGCAAGCACCUUCCUACGCAGCCACGCCACCCAGCACUGCUGUGAGAGGGCCUGCAACCGAGGCGUGGGAGCAAUCGUUGAGCGAAGGCGCAAAACGCAGGCUCCGGGCUCAAGCUGCGCGUGAGGUCGCGCAAGGCGGCCAGAGCGAGAGUGCGCUACCCAACCCCCAAAUUGAUUUCUCGUCAGUUCAAGCAAGCGAUCGCACGCCGCCCAAAUCCGCUUCUGGCACCACAACCUUGGAGACGCAAGGGGCUGGGACACCCCGCAGCAGAGGCAAGAGGGGAGCUGCGCCGUGGGAAUCUAGCAUUCAACUAUAG